AUGGCACAAGUUGUCGUUGAAGAAGUCUGGGAGAACCAGCGAAGCGGCUUGUUUGGCAAAUUCGCUACCACCGACGUUCACCCCGGCGAUCCUUGGGAUUCUGUCGCCAGUGCAUCAUCGCAAGCAGCAAGUGCACACUGGUGCCAUCACACACUUGAAGAUAAUGGCUACUGCCGCCAGAACGCCCAGCGUGGAGCGAACAGAAUGGCGCGCCAAAGCCCUGCAAAGAAGACAUUCAUUUGCCCGGCGUCAACUGGGAAUGGAAAACGCCAUGGACAAUAUGCACAACAGGUCGCGACUGUGACGCGGAAGGAUGGGAGUCGGCGCAGCAACUUAUUCGAGGCAAUCGGUCAGAUACCCGCCGCCACAAACUCUGCUCCCAAUUCAACUCCGACCUCUCCCUCCAAACGUCUCGCGAGCCAGUCACACGAGUCCCCUGAAUCAGUACCGGGCGAACCGACCAACAUCCGAUCACCCACUGCUCGAGGAGUUAGUGGAUCAACUUCCAUUUCGGAGGACUCGCAUCCCGAUUCAGACGACAACUCGAGCUACUCCAGCGAUACAAAGAGUCGGUCGUCCACCAUGCACCUUUCCGACCAACCCAGCUUGUUUGACCUGCAGGACGCGUUCGAUUCAAGCAUAACCUCGCCGGAAGAAGCCUACAGGGCGAAAAUUAACGAGCUGAAUGGCAAAUUGUUUGACUUCAAAGAACAGCUAUCGCGAGUCACCACUCACAAGGCCAAAAUGGAGAAGGAGCUUGAAAAGCUGCGCAAAAACGAAUCCAAGGAAGUCGAGCGACUCACCGCAGAGUUGCAGCAAGUCGAGGUAGCGCUGGUUCGGUCUCACGGCCGCGUCGAGCACCUGAACAAGGCCUACGACGCGAAACGAAACGAGUUGCUCGAAUAUCUGAAGGAGAUGAAAGACUUGCGAGAGUUCAAAGCUCGCACUCUUGCCGCAAAUGGAGUCCCUCCACCUGUACCGGUCGUUGACGUUUCUGAGACUCAGCCGUCACGGAUUCGCACCAUCAAGCUCGAAGAGACUGACAUUGUUUAUGAAAAUCAGCGCAGCGGCUUGUUUGGCGCCUAUUCGGUGAAGUGGCUCAUUCCCAAGAUGGACCAACGAGGCGAAUGGAGUCUCGAAGACGAUUCGAAUGUCAUUGGUGGAAAGGAUGCGAUUGUGCUCCCAGACGACUCAUGGCAAUGGACAAGUUCCACUUGGGAAUUUGAAAAGACCGAUGCAACUGACAACGAGGGCUGGUCGUAUGCGUUUAGCUGGUGGGACAGUACCUGGAGUCCCCAAUCCAAGCCCCAAACUUUUGUACGCCGUCGAAAGUGGAAGCGCGUUCGCACCAAAACCACUACUGUCGAUGAAAGUGAACUCGAGAAUGUGGAGCGACCAAGCGCGGCCGUCUCGUCCACUUCCACUGAAGACCUUCCACAGCCAUCGGCGGCCGCACGGGCUGCGUCGUCGGUCGACACUCAGUCAAGGACAGAGUCUGAGAAGCAGCAAUCUCUCCCAUUGAAAUCCGGCUUGGCCCUCACGACGAAAGCUCCAUCCACCACGGCGCUCCUGUCUGUGCCGGCUACGCCGCAGCCGGGCACGUUCGGACACUCCCGCAAUCCUUCAAUGUCUCGGAUGCCAGUCUCACAAAAGGCACGCUCCACGUUCUUGGAGGCGCCCUCGAACGACGAAGCCGACUUGCACAUCCAGGCGCACCCCGUUCUCCCGCUUCUCUUCAUCAUCUGCUUUACUUUACUCUUUCUAGCCUUUGUUGCAUCGUAUAGUGCUGUUUGGCAUGUUGACACUGUUUUAUCCAACCUGGAGCACGGCAACUCGCAACGUGUGUGGGAGUUUUCGACUGUCAAGUCGUAG